AUGCCCACCUUCAGACAGCAACGUCAAACCCAUCUGCGCAUGCUCGAAGUCCCUGAUCCGCCGUCUCUAGGUAGAUAUGUUUGCGAUGAGAUUGUCCCUCGGUUCUUGGAUUCUUCCUAUGAAGGCGAAGAGAAAGCCAUUAGGAAGCUCAAGACACAAGCUUCGAUGCUUCGUAUCGAGCCGUCCUUCUCUACCAAUACCCGCGUUGCUGCGGGCGCCGGCACCACCUCCCGCGAUGGGUUUGUCGACUUUGCCGAGGUGAUGAAGGUUGACACGCAAGUCAACAACGGCAAAGUCUUAGCCUUCCCGAAGCGUCGCGAGUGA